AUACAGAUCAAGGAGCUCUUUUUUGAGUUACCACUUGAUUACGGUCACCCGGAAAGGGAAACUAUCAGAGUAUUUGCGCGACAUUGCAUUUCGCUGGAUAGACUGAAGGAUGCGGAGGCCUUGCCAUACAUUGUUUACCUCCAGGGCGGGCCAGGGUUUGAAUGCGCACAGCCAUCCAACACAGGAGUUACAAAGGUCCUUUUGAAGGAUUACCAGAUUCUAUAUCUGGAUCAGCGAGGAACGGGUUUGAGCACGCCAAUAUCAGCAGGGACCUUGGAGAAGAGAGGGUCGGAUGAAGCGAAAGCCGAGUAUCUGAAACAUUUUCGCGCCGACAACAUUGUAAGGGAUUGCGAGCGAAUACGAGAAAAGCUGCUGGGUGAGCAUGCGGAAGCCCGAUGGUCGAUUUUGGGACAAAGUUUUGGGGGCUUCUGCUGCCUCACUUAUCUGUCACAGAGCCCACACGGUCUUCGUGAAUGUUUUAUCACUGGCGGUUUAGCACCAAUUCUGGAAGUCACGCCUGACAAUGUCUACAAGUCGUUGUACAAAAAGCUGCAGCACCGGAACGAUAUGUACUACGAAAAGUACCCUAUGGAUGUUGCACGAGUUCGGAGUAUUGUGAAGUAUCUUGGAAACAAGGGCGUGCGACUGCCGAAUGACGGACAACUCACUGCUCGGCGUUUUCUGCAACUCGGGCUGGAGUUUGGCCUUCAUGGUGGUUUUGACAAGAUUCACGACCUCGUCUUCCGCGCUGCGAACGACCUACAAACAUUCCGGUGCUUCACGUAUCGGACUCUCGCUGAUAUACAGAAUAUGCAAUCGUUUGAUACCAAUCCCCUCUACGCAAUCCUACACGAAGUCAUUUAUUGCCAAGCUGCAGCUCCAAGCUGGAGUGCAGAACGGACCUUGUCCCUAUAUCCCAUAUUCCAAUGGGGACAGCAAAUAGAGGAAGGAGAUGAUGCCAGAAUAUACUUUACAGGAGAAAUGAUCUUCAGGUGGAUGUUUGAGGAUUACGCCGAGCUCAAACCGCUGGCAAAGGUCGCAGAUAUGUUGGCGGAAUACGACCAGUGGCCACGACUAUAUGACCCGGAACGGUUGGCGAAGAAUACCGUUCCGGUUGUGGCUGUGAGUUACGUGGACGACAUGUACGUCGAUUUGCAGUCGAGCAUUGACACGGCGGGCCGUAUCGGGAAUUGCAAACAAUGGCAGACGAACAGGUACCUCCACAACGGCAUUCGACAUGCCCCAGACGAUGUUCUCCCGUAUCUCUUUUCCCUAGCUCGUGGAGAUGUGGAU